GCGUGCCUGAGGCUAAGGCUACUUAAAGAUUUGUAAGCUGGCAGUCAAAAGGAGGUGCAAGCGCUUGUGCUCCGGGGGCAUUAGUUGCCAGAAAACUAUCUUCUUGUGUUCUUUCGUCCAGCUCCGAGAGAGAGAGAGCAAGUUUAGGGUCAGCUCCUACAAUGACAGUGUCGCGGCGGGUGCUCGUGCUCGUCCGCCUCUCACCGGCCUCCCUCGCCGUCCUUGGUGCCCGCUUUCACCUCCUCGACCUCCACGCCUCGCCGCUACCCAUGGACGCAUUCCUCGCGGCCGCAGCUGCCGACAACGACGACCCACCGCGUGCUGCCCUUAUCCCUGGCCAUGGGAGCGUCUGCGUCGACGCGGCGUUCCUCGACGCCGUCCCGUCGCUGCGCUGCGUCCUGUUCAACAGUGCAGGGUUGGACCACGUUGACCUCCUCGAAUGCGAGCGCCGCGGGGUCGGCGUGGCCAACGCCACAGGGGUCUACUCGGCCGACGUCGCUGACUACGCCGUAGGCCUCCUGAUCGAUGUGCUCCCGCGCGUGUCUGCGUCCGACAGGCACGUCCGGCGCGGACACUGGCCGGAGCGCGGCGGCCACGGGUUCACGCUCGGCAGGAAGCGCGUGGGCAUCAUCGGGCUUGGCAGCAUCGGGUCGGCGAUCGCCACGAGGUUGGAGGCGUUCAACUGCGCCGUCUCCUACCACUCACGCCGCCAGAAAAGCAAUGUCCCCUACUGCUACUACCCGACCGCCCGCGACCUUGCUGAGUGCUCCGACGUGCUCGUCGUCACGUGCCCUUUGACCGCCGAGACCCGACACAUCGUCGACAGGCGUGUGCUGGACGCCCUGGGGAGCGGCGGCGUCGUGGUUAACGUGGCGCGCGGCGCGAACGUCGACGAGGUGGAGCUCGUGAGGGCGCUCGCGGAGGGAAGGAUCACCGGCGCCGGGCUUGACGUGUUCGAGCACGAGCCCGACGUUCCGCCCGAGCUGCUGGCCAUGGAAAACGUGGUGCUGACACACCACCAGGCCGCCUUCACCCCGGAGUCCGUGGCAGACCUGGACCGCCUCUUCGUGGACAACCUCGAGGCCUUCUUCCGAGGCUCGCCGUUGCUUACGCCCGUCGUCGUCUACGACUGAGCGGCUGCGCGAUCGAUCGCGAGUAAACAAGACAUGAUUGUGGUUAGAUCGUCGAAAAUAAAAUGGACGUUGAUUCUUGCGCGGCGCUGUUCUUUCAGAAAGAUUAACGUUA